CAAUCAUCCCGUUGCUACGGUAACCCAUGUAAAUAAACCCAUAUCGAUCGCAGCUGACUUACAGCACAGAUCACGAUACCGCGAUGGCGUCCUUUCAGAGUGACUUUGAAAACUACAGUGAUGAGGAGGAGAACCUAUUCCAACCGAGACUACCCACAAUCCAAGAGGAGGUGGACAGUGAGAUCAGUGAAUGGGAGUGGGACAGCGAGGAGGAUUUGGAGGAGAAGAAGGCAAAUGAGCAAGAAGACGAGGAGAUGGCUCAAAAGGUGAAAGAGGAUCCGGAGGAAAAGAAAGAGGCGAGGGAGAAGGAAGGAGACGGAGAGGCAGAGGAAGGAAACAUCACCUGGACAUCUCCAUAUCCAGGUCUGAAAGAAAACAGCUCUUCUGAUGAAGAGGGUGGCAACGACGAUGCAAAGAUCUUAAAGAAGCAGCUGAGUUUAGCAAGAGCUGAGAUUAGUGCGAAGGAACUAAACAUCAACAAGCAGGCGCAAGAUAUCAACCGACUGAUUAAGCGCAACUUUGAGCUGAUCGAUGAAAACAAGGAGUUCAAUCGGUCAGUUUUUACAGCUUUCUAUUUUUGUUUUCGAUUCAACGUGUCUGCAAAGGAGAAGAAGAUGGCAAGGAACAAUACUGCCUUGAAGUGUGAAGUCAAGGAGCUCAAGGCAAGGCUGUUACACUUCCGAGACGAGUGUGACCGUGACCUUGAAGAGUACUUGAUUGAAAAGAGGGCGCUUGAGGCCGACAUUCAGGAUGAACAAGAGAAAAAUGAACAACUGAAAAGAGAGCUAGAAGAGACAAAAAAGGCAUCGGGAAGAUUUGCAGAAGUCAAGGAGCUGUUUGAGGUCACCGUUGAACAUGAGCAAGCUGAAAACGAACGACUGAGGAGGGACCUUGAAAAGGCAAAUGAUGCAGCAGAAGAACUUGCAAAAGCAAAGGAUUCUCUCCAAUCUGAAGUGCAGCAGGAACAAGCUGAAAAUGAAAAGCUUAAAAAGUAUGUAUCUCCUGGUUGA